ACGCCCCCUCUCUUCCCUUCCGGGCCGACGGCAAAUCGGUUGCCAUAGUAACGUUAAAACUGAGACUGGGAAAGUUCCGCUUCUGCAGCUCCGCCCCAUCAUGUGACACUCCAGCGCCCGCCGCUGCCGUUAGCUUCCGGGAAGCGUCCGGUCCGGUGUGUGCGAGCGCGUACGUUGCAUUCGGCAACAGGGCAACCGGCAGGUGGACAACAGCAGCAGCAGCAGCAUGUCCGCGAGCAGCCUUGGCUACAAUGAGCAGGGCGGGGAGGCGGCGACGGAACAGGGGCAGGAGGCGACGCCCACCACAGCCCCUUCCGUCCCUGCGGCCUUCGGGCUCUUCAGCAGCGACACCAAGAAGAAUGAAGACUUAAAGCAAAUGUUGGAAAGUAAUAAAGAUUCUGCUAAGUUGGAUGCUAUGAAAAGGAUUGUUGGGAUGAUUGCUAAGGGGAAGAAUGCAUCCGAGUUGUUUCCAGCUGUUGUGAAGAAUGUGGCCAGUAAAAAUAUUGAGGUACUCUUAAAAAGAACACACAAAAAU